AUGAGUAUUGUUGAAGUUCAUCAACAGGAAACGAAUGGAAAUAAAUCUAAUAGUGCUUGUGUUUUACCACAACUCCGAGGACAAUCGCAAAGGCCAACUGGUCGAGCAGAAAAUGAUUUUCUACCACAUGAACUUAUGGUUGCAUUACGUCAAACAGCUCUACCAGCUGAAUAUUUAGGACCACCAGGUGUAGGAAAUGCAAAUAAACUUUUACGACAGAUGCCACCCGGAGCUUCACGUCGACCAGAUAAUGCUUGGCAUUUUCCAAGACAACGAGAUAAAUAUCGUUUUUUACUCGAACAAAAUCCAUGUACAUGCGGAGCUGGCCAUGAUAUAUCAUUUCUAUGCGAAGUCGCAACAACUACUUUGACUCAGGAACAACAAAGCAAGCCAUCUGCGUCACAACGAACAACUGAUAAAAGUGCUAUACGUGCUAAGAAAAAUGAAGCUCAACCACAACAAGAUAUCAUAUUACCUGAAUCAAUAAUACCAGAUGAAUUUCGCUUAGUUAAAAAUGUCGGUGUCACACCCAUCGAAGUUUAUGAUGAAAAACACACAACUGUGACGGAAGAACAUGUCAAUCAUGUAACCGUAUUUCCAUCUUUAAAACCCGUUGGACGAACACAAGUAUUAAAAUUAAGACAUACAAUGGAUGCACUAUUAGAAAAGAUCACCAUUGAAGAUUGUGAUUUACAUGGACAAACUCAACUUCAUAAUCUACUGGAAUUAAUUAAAGAAGAACAAAACAUUUAUAAUAUUGUUUUUCAUGAAAUAAUUCGUCAAGUCAGUGUUGAAUGUAAAGAUCGUGGUGAAUUAUUAUGUAGAUUGCGUGAACGUUAUUCAUCUCUAUUAUCACGUGUACCUCGACAAAUAAAAAGGUUUAAUUAA